CUGAUCCCCGAAAGCUCAACGCAGCAAAAAUCUCUCUCUCUCUCUCUCUCUCUCUCCCACCCUCUCUGUGACUUCUCUCGCUCUCUCUCUGUGACUUCCCUCGCUCUCUCUCUGUGACUUCGUUUGUUUAUCUGAAUUCCAAUUGUUCACAGCAACAGGGGAAGACUCAGGACUGAAGCCAUGGAAGCCACAGAGAAGAAGAAAUCGAGCUUGAACCUUCCUGUUGGGAUGUCACAGACUUCCCUUAACCUUGAGACCACGAAUUUCUCGCGCUUCUCGACCUAUACAUCCCCUUCGAAGACAACCUACAGCGACAGAUUCAUCCCCUGCAGGACCUCUUCUCGGUUUGAAACUUUUUCUCUGGUUGACAAGCCAUCCCCUGUGAAGGAAGGCGGUAAUGACGCCUACGUCAGGUUGCUGAGAUCCGAGCUCCUCGGCAUCGACUCUGUGACGAGUUCGCCGUCUGCUCAGAGUUCUCCGAUGAGCCCCAACAAGAACAUCUUCAGAUUCAAGACCGAGCAUUCCAACCCCAGCUCGCCAUACACUCAGUCCUCCAUUGGGUACCAGGCCAGCAGCACAGUGGAGGUGGCGACGCCUCCGAAGGCGCCCCGUAAGAUUCCUAAGACGCCACACAAGGUUUUGGAUGCUCCCUCUCUGCAAGAUGACUUUUAUCUCAACCUUGUGGAUUGGUCUUCUCAGAAUGUCCUUGCAGUUGGAUUGGGAACUUGUGUUUAUCUAUGGACAGCAGCAACCAGCAAAGUAACCAAACUGUGUGACUUGGGGCACAGGGAUAGUGUAUGUUCAGUCCAAUGGACUAAGGAAGGCUCCUAUCUUGCUGUUGGUACAAGUCAUGGUGAUGUCCAAAUAUGGGAUGGCUCUCGCUGCAAAAAGGUCCGAAGCAUGGACGGCCAUCAGACAAGAACAGGCGUACUAGCGUGGAGUUCAUGUAUCCUAUCAUCUGGCAGUAGAGACAGGAACAUCCUUCAACACGACAUUCGUGUUCCUAAUAACUUUGUCAGCAAGCUUGUUGGUCACAAAUCUGAGGUAUGUGGUCUAAAAUGGUCCCAUGAUGACAGGGAACUUGCAUCAGGUGGAAAUGACAAUCAGCUCUUGAUAUGGAAUCUGCAGUCACAACAGCCACAUCUGAGGCUCACAGAACAUACCGCUGCUGUGAAGGCCAUUUCUUGGUCACCUCAUCAGAGUGGGCUUCUUGCAUCGGGAGGGGGAACUGCUGACCGUUGCAUUCGCUUCUGGAAUACUGCAAACAGCAAUCAAAUAAAUUUUAUAGACACGGGUAGCCAGGUUUGCAAUCUUCUGUGGAGCAAAAAUGUCAAUGAAAUAGUAAGCACUCAUGGGUAUUCGCAGAACCAGAUCAUGGUGUGGAAGUAUCCUAGUAUGCAAAAGGUUGCAACACUGACUGGACACACUCUAAGAGUGCUCUAUUUGUCUAUUUCACCAGAUGGGCAGACAAUCGUCACCGGGGCAGGCGAUGAGACACUGAGAUUUUGGAAUGUCUUCCCUUCUGCAAAAAGUCAGGCCCAAGUACGUGAUAGUGGAGUUUGGUCUUUGGGGCGAACACAUAUUAGAUGAUCGAGGCUUGGAUCAAUGCAUUUCAGAUUGGCAAAUAUCGAUUUUUUUUGUAAUUAUGUGGCUAUGGUUAUUCUUUGCUGUAAAAUUGGUUUUGACUUCUGAUUAUUCUUUUUUUUUUUUCUUAAGUUAUGGCAUGUUCUUUGUCUAAAGACUGUACACGAUUCCAAUGAAGACUGUACACGAUUCCAAUGAAGUGUCAAUACUUUUUGGAGUACCUUUUCGU